AGACUCCUCCAGUCCUUCCCAGCGCCUGGAGUUCCCUCAGCCCUGCUCGGGACUACGAGGGUUUGCUGCAAGAUGAGAACCUGGAUUUUCUUCUUCCUCUGCCUGGCAGGCAAAGCCCUGGCAGCUCCGCAAGAGGCUCUGCCUGAUGAGACGGAGGUGAUUGAAGAUCUCACCACAGAGGGGCCUGUGGGGGCCAACCCUGUCCAAGUGGAGGUGGGAGAGUUUGAGGAACCUACAGAAGAUGUAGAGGAGAUCGUCGCAGAGAAUCCCUGCCAGAACCAUCACUGCAAGCAUGGCAAGGUGUGCGAGGUGGAUGACAACAACUCACCCAUGUGCGUGUGCCAGGACCCCUCCAGCUGCCCAGCCACCUCCGGCGUCUUUGAGAAGGUCUGUGGCACUGACAACAAGACCUAUGACUCCUCCUGCCACUUCUUUGCCACCAAGUGCACCUUGGAGGGAACCAAGAAGGGACACAAGCUGCACCUGGAUUACAUCGGGCCUUGCAAAUUCAUCCCUGCCUGCCUGGACACUGAGCUAACAGAGUUCCCCCUGCGCAUGCGGGACUGGCUGAAGAAUGUGCUGAUCACCCUGUAUGAGCGCGAUGAGGACAACAACCUGCUGACCGAGAAGCAGAAGCUCAAGGUGAAGAAGAUCCACGAGAAUGAGAAGCGCCUGGAGGCCGGCGACCACACCGUGGAGCUGCUGGCCCGCGACUUUGAGAAGAACUACAACAUGUACAUCUUCCCCGUGCACUGGCAGUUCGGGCAGCUGGACCAGCACCCCAUUGAUGGGUACCUGUCCCACACUGAGCUGGCCCCGCUCCGUGCCCCACUCAUCCCCAUGGAGCACUGCACCACCCGCUUCUUUGAGGCCUGCGACUUAGACAACGACAAGUACAUCGCCCUGGAGGAAUGGGCCAGCUGCUUUGGCAUUAAGGAGCAGGACAUAGACAAAGAUCUGGUGAUCUAAAGCCUCAGCUUCCUCCUCUGCUGCCAACUUUGUCUUGUUUUAACCUUCCCACUUCCUUCGGUUUUCGAACCGCUUUUGUUUUGUUUUCCCUGGGAACAAGGUGCUAAUAUAGGUCUAAACGUAUGUAGUAUCGGUGCUAAGAGAAA